CUACUCUACAUGUACAUUCUCUCUCUCUGCUGCAAGUGCAUUAUUAUUAUUUUUGAUUAAAUAAAACAAGCCCAUCUUCUCCCUCCCCCUUCUCCUUUCUUUAUAAGUAUACGUCUCAGACGUUUCUUAAAGAGCUUCUGCUUCCCAUCUUCUUUUCUCUUCUCCUCAGACAACUGUUUACAUGCAUUUGUUUCUUCAAAAGACAUGCAAUAGAAUAGAUAGAUCUUCAGAUAAAUAAGCUCGUGAUUAUCGUUCCUACAAAGUAUUUCAUAUAUUAGUCUUCUUCCCACAAGUGCAGUUCUCUUGAAAGCUUAGAGUAACGCUUGAUCAGAUUUUACCGAAGAAGAAGAACAGCAAACAAGAGAGAGAAGUCUAGCUUGAUGGCUCAUAUGACGAACUGGUUAACGUUUUCACUGUCACCAAUGGACAUGUUGAGGUCAUCUGAUGACCAGUCUCAGUUCGUGUCCUAUGACGCUUCUUCCGCCGCCUCAUCUCCUUACCUCCUCGAUAAUUUCUAUGGUUGGACGAAUCAAAAGCCUCAGGAAGGAGAAGAAGAAGCUCAUAUAUCAGCUUCUAUGGCGGAUUCAACAACCCUAACAACGUUUGUAGACCCGCAAAAUCAUCCUCAGAGUCACAUCCCAAAGCUCGAAGAUUUUCUCGGUGACUUCCGUUACUCCGACACCAGUCAAACGGAAACACAAGACUCUUCUUCCCUCACUCAGCUCUACGAUCCACGUCAUCACCAAAACCUAACCGGGUUUUACUCUGAUCACAACCACGAUUUCAAAACCAUGACCGGUUUUCAAACCGCUUUCUCAACGAACUCCGGUUCGGACGUCGACGACUCGGUUUCAAUGGGCCGGACUCAUGUAGCAGGAGAGUAUUUGGGACACGUGGUGGAGUCUUCCGGUCCUGAGCUUGGUUUUCACGGUGGACCUAACACAGGAGGAGCUUUGUCACUUGGAGUUAACAUUAACAACAACAACACUCACAGGACUAGUAAUGAUCAUAAUCAGAUCACUGAGCAUCGUUACCAAUUUAAUAACAAUGUUGAGACAAUCAAGAGCGAGAGAGAGAAGACUGGUUCUGAGAAGGAGAAGCCUGUUUUGGCAGUGGAAACAUCAGAUUGUUCUAACAAGAAGGUCGCUGAUACCUUUGGACAAAGGACUUCCAUUUACCGAGGUGUUACAAGACAUAGAUGGACGGGAAGAUAUGAAGCUCAUCUGUGGGAUAAUAGCUGUAGGAGAGAAGGUCAGGCCAGGAAAGGACGUCAAGUGUACUUGGGUGGAUAUGACAAAGAAGAUAAGGCAGCUCGAGCUUACGAUCUAGCAGCUCUCAAGUACUGGAAUACUGCUGCCACCACCAAUUUCCCUAUUACGAUUUACACGAAAGAAUUAGAGGAAAUGAAGCACAUGACCAAACAAGAGUUCAUUGCUUCUCUUAGGAGGAAGAGUAGCGGAUUCUCUAGAGGAGCUUCCAUGUACAGAGGUGUAACAAGGCAUCAUCAACAAGGACGUUGGCAAGCAAGGAUCGGCCGUGUAGCCGGCAACAAAGAUCUUUACCUCGGAACCUUUGCAACGGAAGAGGAAGCGGCUGAGGCAUACGACAUAGCAGCCAUCAAAUUCAGAGGAAUAAACGCUGUAACCAACUUUGAGAUGAACCAUUACGACGUUGAAUCCAUCAUGAAGAGUGCACUUCCCAUUGGUGGUGCAGCAAAACGUCUUAAACUCUCUUUAGAAUCUGAGCAGAAACCUAUCAUCGGUCACCAUCAGCUCCACCAGUUUCAGCAACAACAACAGCUUCAGUCUUCUCCCAAUGACAGUAGUGGCAUUAACUUCGCUCUUUGUCCUAGCUCAGCCGCUCAGUCUCAGAUGAUUCCAUGUGGUAUCCCUUUUGAAGCAGCUUCUCUUUACCAUCAUCAACAGCAACAGCAACAAAACUUUUUCCAGCAUUUUCCGGCGAAUGCAGCUUCUGAUUCGACGACGGGUUCUGAUAAUAACUCCAACGUUCAAGGGUCAAUGGGACUUAUGGCGUCAAAUGCAGCGGAGUUCUUUCUCUGGCCUAAUCAGUCUUACUAGAAUUAAUCAUGUGAUUUUGAGUUUUAAGUUCUUAAUCUUCUUUUAAGGGAUACUGCUUCACAACUUCUUGACUAUGGCUAACCCAUAAGCUGACUAGAAGGAUCUGGAAAUCUCACUUGCAUCUGUUUUUUGGUUUCUUUAACUGUUGUUUAGGCAGGAGUAGUGGGUGGUGUUAUUGUAUCAAAUUAUAAACUCGGUGGUGAAAUAUAAUGUAUCAGCGCACUGUACUCUGUUUCCAUUUAUGAAAUAUUUUAUCUUCAAAAUG